AUGCUAACUUUUAAUCCGAACAAAAGAAUUAGUAUUGAAGACGCUCUUGCACAUCCAUAUCUUGAGCAAUACUACGAUCCUAAUGAUGAGCCAGAAUGUGAAGAACCUUUCACACUAGAAAUGGAGUACGAUGACCUGCCAAAAGACGUUUUAAAAAGACUUAUUUUUGAAGAAACCGAAUUGCAUUACAAGCGAAUGCAAGCUGCAAGGAACCAGAUGAUGCAAGCACCUUAUGCGAUCAUUCCUAUGAAUCAUUAG